CGACUCCAUACUGCAUCCAAGACCGCGACAAUGCCUGUCAGCAAGUCGACCAAGAAGUUCCAGAAGCACCAUCUGUCGGACAUCUUGGAGAAGCGAAAGGGUCAGAAGAAAACCAAGCAGCAGCAACAGUUGAAGGAGCGCAAAAAGAAGAGAAAGGCCGAGGAAGAGGGCAAGGACCCGGACAAAGAUGGCAAGCCAACUACUAAUGGGAACUCCAAGCCUGCUGCAGCAGACGCUCUGAAUGAUAUGACCGUGGACGAGUUCUUUCAGGGCGGAUUCGAAGUACCAGAACUGCCCAAAAAGAAGGGCAGCAAGAGGAAGCGCAACAGCGCUGGCGAUGCAUCAGACUCGGAUGCUUCGGCUGAGCAGGCACCUAUGCAGAGAGACAGUGAGGCAGACUCAGACUCGGAAAGUGAUGUGGGAGACUUCAAGGAGCAGCUCGACAGACUGGCCAAGGAUGACCCAGAGUUCCACAAAGUGCUGCAAAAGGAUGAACCCGAAGUUUUUGAUGAUUUGGACAACUUGGAAUUGAGCGAAGAUGAGCAACCCGAGCCAAAGCGCAAAAAGCAAAAGAAGCAGGACGACUCAGAAGACGAGGCACAAGGCAACGAGCUGGACAUGAAGACUGUGAAGAAGUGGAGGGCAGCGCUUCAGGAACAGCAUUCGCUGAGAGCCGCCAAAGAGGUCGUGAUUGCCUUCAGAUCGGCUGCGCAGAGCUCAUCAUCAGAAGCUGAGGAGAAGGAAUUCAAAUAUUCGGUCUCGAAUCCACAGGUGUACCACGAACUCCUUACUACAGCGUUGAAGGAGAUUUCCAAGGUGUUCGAGCACCACUUGCCAGUUCAGGACGCGAAGAAUGGCAAGGUCCAUGUUCCCACAGAGUCUAAGAAAUUCAAGACACUGGGGCCUAUACUGCGCUCGCAGAUUUCUGGCAUUCUGCACCUCUUGGACCACCUCUCGGAUCCAGCGACGCUUCGUCUUACCCUCACGUCGCUGCUGCCACUUCUACCAUAUCUCCUGUCUUUCAAAAAGCUUGUCCGCGAUGUGUCAAGAGCAGUCACCGUGGUCUGGUCUUCACAUAGCAAUACCGAGGCUACUCGAAUUGCAGCUUUCCUGGUCAUGCGUCGAUUGACCGUGAUCGGUGAUGCUGGUAUUCGCGAGAACGUGCUCAAGGCUACCUACCAGGCUCUCGUCAAGGGUUCGCGCAACACGACUGUGCAUACCAUGGCCGGCGUCAACCUGAUGAAGAACUCCGCAGCCGAGCUGUGGGGUCUUGCUGGCGGUGAAGGUGGUGUCGCGUAUACGACUGCGUUCACGUUCAUCCGAAGUUUGGCCAUGCACCUGCGCAGCAGUAUCACGAACAAUUCAAAUGAGAGCUAUAAAACUGUCUACAACUGGCAGUAUGUGCAUAGUCUGGACUUCUGGGGCAGAGUCUUGGCUAUGCACUGCACGGAAUCGACUUCACCACUGCAGGCUCUGAUAUAUCCUUUUGUGCAGGUUACCCUUGGAGCACUUCGCUUGAUUCCCACAGCUACAUACUUUCCUUUGCGAUUCCAGCUUGUGCGCUGUUUGCUGCGCGUCAGCCUCGCGACAGGAACCUACAUUCCCCUCGCAGCUCCCUUGUAUGAGGUUCUCAAUAGUGCGGAGAUGCGCAAGCCGCCCAAGCCAACCACUCUCAAGCCACUGGACUUCAACACAACGAUUCGCGCGCCAAAGUCGUACCUUCGUACGCGUACUUAUCAAGAUGGAGUCGCUGAACAGGUACAAGAACUUCUUUCCGAAUUCUUCUACAUUUGGACGAAGAACAUCGCUUUCCCAGAACUCGCCCUUCCAGUGACCGUCAUGCUGCGCCGCUGGCUCAAAGAGGUGAAUCAGCGGGGCAAGGGCAAGGGCGGCAACAACAACACGAAGAUUAAUAGCGCUGUCCAGCUGCUCGUACAAAAGCUCGAGGCCAACUCGAAGUGGGUCGAGGAGAAGAGAGCCAAGGUAGAAUUUGCGCCCAAUCAUCGCCAAGGUGUAGAUUCGUUCUUGAAGGACGUCACGGAGCAGAAAACACCUCUUGGAGCGUAUGUGGUUGGUCAGAGGAAAACCAGAGAGGAAAAAGCCAAGGUCCUGGAGGAGAGCAGGAAGGAAGAGGAGAGGAGACGCGCAGCCGAGAAGAACACGAACGAGGGCGCAGAGCAGAGUCCCGACAGCGAAGAGGAAGGCGAUGCUAGUGAGGACGAGGGUUCUGAUGAAGAGAUGCUCGACGGUGAAGUUGAGGACAGUGACAGUGAAUAGUCAUCCACACGAUUGCGCAUUCAUGCUGGGUACUGAUGUCGCAUACAACGAAGAGUGAGAUCUAGGGAGACGGGGAGGCUAGAAAGCGUAAGAACCAGGCAAAAACUUGAAAAGUUGCCAAUAGUGACUAUUUUCAGAGUCAUUCGCGUUGUAUGUACGAACUACGAAAACAAGGA